AUGGCAACAAAAUCUCAACUCAAACCAAUCUUCUUCUCUCUCGUUCUUGUUUCAGCACUGAUCGCAACUUCGGAUGCCCUCGACAUCGGCAUCGGAACUUCCAAUGCCGGCGGCAUCGCCGUCUAUUGGGGCCAAAACGGCAACGAGGGCACCUUGGCAGCAACAUGUGUCACCGGAAGAUAUGCCUACGUUAACCUAGCUUUCCUUAACCAAUUCGGCAAUGGUAGUACACCGGGACUCAACUUGGCCGGCCACUGUAAUCCAGCGUCCAACGGCUGCGCCUUCCUCAGCAGCGACAUAAGGAGCUGCCAAAGCCGAGGAAUCAAGGUCAUGCUCUCCAUCGGAGGCGGCGUCGGCAGCUAUUCACUCGCUUCUAAAGCAGACGCCAAGAACGUAGCUCGUUACCUAUGGAGAAACUUCCUCGGCGGCAGUUCUCAUUCCCGUCCCCUCGGCAACGCCGUGUUGGACGGCAUCGAUUUCGAUAUAGAGCUCGGGUCUACUCAACACUACGAUGACCUCGCUCGUUAUCUUUCUGCUCACAGCAAACCAAAGAGAAAGAUUUAUUUAACGGCGGCUCCUCAGUGUCCGUUCCCGGAUAGAUUCUUGGGGGCUGCCCUUAACACGGGCCGCUUUGACUACGUUUGGGUUCAGUUUUAUAACAAUCCGCAAUGCCAAUACGCGUCGGGCAACACCGCCAACCUCUUGAACUCGUGGAAUCAGUGGACUUCUUCAAUAAACGCGAGGAAAAUAUUUAUGGGGUUGCCGGCGUCACCGGCGGCGGCAGGAAGCGGGUAUAUUCCGCCGAAUGUGUUGACUUCUCAGGUUCUGCCGGUUAUCAAGACAUCAUCAAAGUAUGGCGGCGUUAUGCUUUGGAAUAAGUUCUUUGAUGAUGCAAAUGGUUACAGUGCCUCCAUUGCAGCUAGUGUGUGAGCCAAGACUUGGUCUUCUUCGCUAAUAAUGUAAUAAAAUUGAGAGAU